AUGCCACGCGAGAGUCGUCGUCAGAGUCGUGAUGACUCUGACAGGCGCAAACCUGACCGCGAGCGAGAUAGAGACCAAGACCGAGACAUAGACCGUCGCCGUGAACGAGAUGGUCAUGCCACUGAUCGAUACAGAGAAAGCGACAGCAAUAACCGCACCAGGACCGCCGACUUCACCUCGAUGCCCAACCCGCCCUACUUCACGAGCAUGCCCCCUGCCGCACCACACUCACCCCCUCGCCAGUACACCUCCUCCAUCGGUGCCAACCCCCAAGAACACCAGAGACGACGAGCUCCGUCCAACUCCAGCGCUGGCAGCUCUAGCUCCUCCUCCCUCCUCGACAUCUCCAGACACUACCCGCAAAGCCGUUAUGGCGGCUUUCUGGGUACCUUCUUCAGCGCACCCUCGGAGCGCCGUCGCCGCAGCGAAGCCCGCCGGGCUGCUCGCUCGUCCAAGCGCCGUACCUCGUUCUACUUUGGAGGCACCGGCAAUUCCUCGUCGUCGUCUGUCAAUUCGGACCUGGCCUACGGACAGGGAUACAUUCCCAAGUUGCGCCGUCGCGGCUCUGGCGGCAGCAACAGCUUUCGCUAUGGCGCUGCCGUUGCUAGUAGUAGCGGUCGCCCAGCCAAGACGAGGGAUGCUGUAAUCCCCGACGCCCCGCGUAGGCCCGACGGUCCCAUGCGCGGCAAAACGGACGAGGAGAUUCUCGAGAUUGGCCGCCAGCUGUCCGACCUGGCGCACAAGCAGAAUAAACACGACCUGAAAGCUGCGGGCUACGUCAAGCCCACUAUGCUGGCAGCGGCGGCAGUCGGGCUCGGCAAGUACCGCAAGAGCCGCAAAGAGGCUCGCUCCCGCGGAGUCGGCAGCUCCAAAGUUCACGAGGAUUCGUCAAGUGACCAGUCUGACUGGGAGGAUGCCUCGGAUGACGAGAGUGACGGCGCAGACUCUGUUCUCGCGUACGGCUCUGUCGUCUCCUCUGUCUUACGGCCCAAUGUGACUGGUAGUUCCAGCCACGGUGUUGGGCCCUAUGCGAGUGGUGCUGGUGCUGCUGCGGCCGCAGCUCUGGCGGAUCCUGGCAGGCGUAGCUCCGUCGUCGACCCUCGCUUGUUCGGCCCCGUCAAUUCUCUGCGCGGCAUGAUCAAUACCCCGUGUGGCUUUGGCCAAGAUCCACAUGUCCCCCAAAACACAUACCAGACGACCGCGGACGCUCGUCGAUACAAUGUCGAGCCUUCAGACAGACUUCCCAUGCGGGAAGUCUACCCCGUUCCCACGUCAGACCCUGCAAGGUUUGAUGUCGACGCCAACUCUAGACAGGAGCUGCCACAUCGCUCUCGUACGUCCACCGUGCCUCUUGAGCAGCCGAUUCCCAAGUUCCCGGUCUCUUCUAAAGUGUAUGACGCCGAGAAACUGGAGGAUCCUGCCCCCCGUGACUCCCGUCACGGCAAGGACCGCGACAGCCAUGGCGUCAAUGGUAGCACUGCUGCUGGUUUCAUGGCUGCUGCCAUUGGUGCCGCUGGUGCCGCUGCUCUGGUCUCUGAUCGUAAAGAGGACAGAAAGGAUAAGAAGGCCCUGCGCGAUCACGAACGCGAACGGGAGCGCGAACGAGAUCGAAUCCGCGAAAAGGAACAGGCCCGUGAACGCGAGAGAGAGCGAGAGCGAGAGCCCGAGCGCGAAAAAGACCGACGGGAGCGUGAUCGUGAUUCGAGGCGCCGAGACAAGGACUCCGAAAAGGACAAGGACGGCAAGAAGUCGAAGCGUGACUCGUUGCCCUCCACCAAACAACACGAGAACGACCACAAGCGCCAUUCCAGAAACGAUGACGAGGAGACGCCUCGUAAGCGCCGCGAAACUGAAGCCGAAUACUACGCCGACCUGCCUUCGUCUUCUCGCAGAGACCGCAGCAAGCGGGAUGUCGUCGACCCUCGUAGCGAGCUUUCUCGCUCCUCCAAUCGAGAUAACAAGUCAUACUCUAGCCGGGACGAUCGCAAGGAGGAUAAGGGCAAGCCCGUCGACAGAUACGAUUUCAACUACAACCAGGGCGCCUCCACCUCAAAGGUCAACCCAUUUCUGUACCAAGUGGCCGAUGGUGCCUUUUCCACGACUGAAUUAGCAGCCGCUGAAGUUCCUCCGGGGCGCCCAUUGACACCCAAUAUUAUCACAAUUGAUCGCGAGCCCAAUUUUGACGACUAUGAGCCGUAUCUGCCGCUGACCACUUCUGAGCCGAGACUGAGCCGAAAGGAUUCAUUCGAGAUUGAGGAGCGAGCCCAGGGUUCCCACGACUACUCCCAUCACGCCACUGGCUCUCACGACUACGAGGAAGGCGAGCAUGAGGCACGCAGCAUCUACGAUCAAGCAAAACACGCUACUGUUCCUGUAGCUGCAGCUGCUGUCGCCUCGGCCAUUGCUGUAGAGGCUGAGCGCUCCCGGGAACGUCGCCGAGACCGCUAUGACGAUGACGGUUCUCGAGAUCGCGAGUCUUGGCGCAGAGACACUGUCCAGGAAGAAGCGGAUAGAUACUACAGACAGUCCGUGAUUGCUCGAAAAAUUGAAGAGGAGCAGAUCCGCAGCCAGACACCCGAGAAUGAUGACGCUCCGCAGGUCAAAAUUGUCACUCCUCCCGAAAUGCACGAGCAGCAUAAGACUGUCGGCCCCUACGACGCACCAAACGCCGAUGUGCGCAUCGACAACCAGCUCUCCCCCACAGAAGCUCGCAAGUUUGAGAAGAAUAAUGGUAAGCGCAAGUCCAACUUUAAGUCGCGCGACCCAUCCUGUGAACGAGACCGGCCCGUCCUAAACCUCGUAUUCCCUACCCCCAUUCCCAGCAGGGAGCCGACUCCCAAAGUCGAGAAGCAAUCGCGUAGGGGCCAGCCCCAGUCGCAAGCAAGAUCUGACCCGUCCCCAGAAGUUGUCAUUGGGCCGAAGGGAGACCUCAUCAAGGCUGAGUCGUCAAACAAAUCCGUCUCUUGGGGCGAAAAUUCCACAAAAAGUUUUGAAGUAGAGAGCGCUGAUGGUAGGAGCGAUGCAGAGAGAGAAAAAGUUGACGAACGGGAGGAGAAACCGAGAGCGCGUCUGAGUAGGGCAAGCCCGUGGGGGAUUAUUGCUGCAGCCGUCGCCGGUAGCAGCAGUGAGCCCUCUGGUGAGCCUGACACAGUUGCUAGGCGCGAGUCUGGCAAGGAGGACUUCGGCUCCAAGGUGCAUGAUUCGCCCGAUAUCAGCGGCGUAGGUCCUGAACAAGUUUACACUGUCGACACGCGCGACCAACCUCCAGUCCCAGGACCCAAACCGACCAACCCCACCAGGACUACUCUGCCCGGAUCAUUCGCCGACGACAUCGAAUUCGCGGCCACUCUAGCUGCCGGACUCAAGGAUACCGGCUUCGAUUCUAAUAUUGUGGUUGAUGACCCCACUUACAGACGACGUGACUCGCCACCCGGCACGAGGGAGGCGAAUGGUGACGAAUGGAAUAACAGAUCCAUGUCUGAUAUCGUUAUGGAUAUUGCCAACAAAAAGGAGUCAAGUCGCUCUGUGGUGUCAGAGCCUGGUGGCCUUGUCCGCGACAAACCAGCUAAUGGCGACAACAAUAUCGAGCACGAGUGGGAAGCGCCCAAGAAGCUGAGCAAGAAGGAUAAGAAGAAGCUGGAUAAGCUCAAGCACCAAUCCCUAGACCUUGGCGAAUCCAGCACCCCUUCAUCAUCCGAGACGAUUGUUCCUGAUUCAACCGAGACCACGACAUUUGAGGAUGCCAUCGAUGACUCGUCCAAGCUUUCCAAGAAGGAGCAGAAGCGACGCGAGAAGCAGGCCAAAGCGCUGGCUCUCCUCGAGGGCGAAAGCCAUGACACGCAACCUCAGCCUGACCCUGCAGUCGUCGAACGCUCUCUGCCGACUGAAGGCGUCGCCGACAACACGUUCGAAGAUUCUGCUGGCAAGAAGAAGAAGAAGAAUCGAAAGAGUCAAGACGCGGCGCCAGAGGAUAUCGUUACGGUCCCCAGCGAUGCCUUUGAUGAUUUGCAGUCUCUACGAAAGUCGGACAAGGACGAUGCGGCUGUAGACGAUUGGGACACCCCUUCCAAGUCGAAGCGCAAGUCCAAGUCGGACCGUGAUGAAGCCGCCCCCCCACGCUCUGCUGCAGAGUCGGAGAUUUCUACCUCGAGCAAGAAGAGCAGCAAGUCGAAGAGACGCAGCGGUACCGAAGCCGACCUGGACGGCUACGGCAGCGAUGCCAGCAAGAAGAGCAGCAAGUCCAAGCGUCGUAGUGCUGUGGAAGGUGAAGACGGCUACGGCAGCGACGCGAGCAAGAAGAGCGGCAAAUCUAAGCGUCGCAGUACUGUGGAAGGUGAAGAUGGAUACGGCAGCGACAGAAGCAGAAAGAGCAGCAAGUCCAAGCGCCGUAGCGGCACAGAAGGUGACUUUGACUCCGCUGGCGACGUACCGAGCCGAAGUCGCAGCAUAUUUGAUGACCGUGACGUCUCGUCUGUGGUUUCUGAAGGUCGUGCCGAUGGCCGCCGCCGCGAACGUGAAAAAGAUAGAGAUCGCGACAAGGAAAGAGACCGAGACGGACGAAGCAGCAGCAAGCGCUCAUCUCGUAAUUAUGACGACGAUGACGACGCCCGCUCUGUCGUUUCCGUCGCCUCUGCCCCUGGCGGCAUCCGCAAGAGCAAAGAACACAAACGAUCCAGUGGCCUUUUUGCAAGCAUUUUCAGGCGAGACGAGGACAAGAAGGAGAAGGAGUCUUUUUUAGAUAAUGCCGGCACCCUUGGCGCGGGUGUCGGCUUGGCGGGCGCCGCAGCUAUUGUUGCUGCCGGCGUCUCUCGCUCCAAUGCCACCGACCGCUUCUCCGAGGCCAACGACGACGACACUCAGCGGGCCUCGCAAGUCGGAUCUUACGAUUACGAUACCUUCGACCCCGAGAUUGCCCCCCGCGCAAUCAAACCCGCCAUUGAUCCGCAGUAUGGCGAUCUGCUUCCCCUCCCGCCGAGCGAACCCGGUAGCCCGGGCUCAGAGCCCAGUGACCUUCCAGCUCUCCCGGAUAGUCGACCGAACACGCCUCCCGAAGAGCAUGGCAUGAGACGGGACCAGAUGUCACACCGGCGCCGACGCAGUACCCAGGAGACGCCUGCCAAGUCGCCUAGCAGAACAGCCAUUCCCAUCUCGCUUCGUCUGGGACAGCGCACCCCAGUCAGUCCCAGCGGCACUUUUAGAUCCCCUCCCGCCACCCCUACUCCAUCUGGCACCAUACCAGACUCAGCAGCAAAGAGAGCAUCGCGCGGCACAUCUUGGGACAGCAGUAGAGAAAUCAAACCUCUCUACCUUCUCGAGCACUCUCGCCAUGGUUCUGGUGACACGCUUGUCAAGCAGGACGACCUUCCCGCUCUCCCGCCUUCGCUGUCUGCUUCGGAGAUAUCCCUCACCGAGGACAACUUGCCUGCUGGUAUUGGCUCUUCAGGCCUUCACAUUGAUACUCAAGACUUGCCACCAUCAGUCGACCAGCACGGCGGCUCGCAGGAAAGCACCCCAAAGGCCGAGGUCAAGUCCGAAUUCCAGUCUUUUGUGGAGUCUGGAGCUGCUGUAAACCCCGAUGAGGUCGACUCCAUGUCCAAGGAUCGAAGCUCCUACCUUCUCAACUCGACGCCCUCGUCCACCAAGACGACCGCCACAAUGGAAAGCGAGUCCACUCACAGAUCAAAUGAUGAGAUGCCCGACAUUAUGGAGGAUCUGGCAUCGGCCGAUGAACGAUUUGAGGAUGCCGUAGAUGUUCAAUUCGCCGACUCGCGCCGUUGGUCGGAGGACUCAACAACGAUGCAAGACGCCCAGGAGCAGCACGACUCCCAACUUGAGCCUGAGCUACUGGCUAGAGAUGUUCCCGCUCCUGCGACGGAGCCUGUCGCGGCGGAACCUGAUGAGUGGGCAGGGCUCAGCGUCAAACAGAGGAAGAAACUCAAGAAAGCCAAGAGAAACCAGCCGCUGGAACUGGGUGAAACCUCUGCUCGCGAACUUAUAACCGAAUCUGCCCCAGAGCCUGCUGCUGAGCCAGCAUCUGAACCGACGUCUGCCCUUGAGUCUGUUUCUGCUUCCGAUCUUGCCGUCAAGCCUGUACUCGAAUCACCCACAGAACCUGCCGCUGAGUCUGUACCUGAACCACUACCUGUAGUUGAACAUGUCCCUCCUUUUGAUCUUGACUUGGAGCCUGCAGCUGAACGCGCUUCUGAAAAGGCGCCCGAACCUGAAUCUGACCCCGCUCCUACUUCUGCUCCCGAGGCUUCUACAGAGCCAGGGCUUGCCCCCGAAUCGACACCCGGACCUGAUUUCUCUCUCGAAUCUUCUUCUGUGGAGGCGCCUGGCUCUGUUGCUGAUGUCUCAACCGUUGUGGAGGAUGUUGACAAUAUAUCCACUCCAGAUCAAGCCCGCGAAGAGCCUCCGAAGGGUAAGAAGGGCAAGAAAAAGAAGAAGAAGUCGCAAACCUGGGAAGAUGAUGUUGUUGACGCUUUGCCUGUCGCCGCCGCCCUUGCUGGUGCUGCCGCACUCGCCACAGGAGCCGCCUCCAGCAGAGAAUCUGCCUCGGAGAUCACGCCUGAAGUCGAACGCCUGUCGCCAAGUGAGGUUCCUCAGAGCCCGCCCGCCGAGACUCAUGGCGUUUCUGCCAAAGUGGAGGACCUUGUAACCGAUGCCCAGCCUGAUAUCGCGGAGGCAGCUGAUUCGCUGGCGCGCUCCACAAGGAAGAGCAAGAAGAAGAGCAAGAAGGGUCAGCAGCUUGAGCCCCUGACCGAAGUUGACUCUACGAGUGCGUGUGAUCCUUCAACAGAGCUCGCAAGUGAGGGAAAUACUGCGCGAGAUGACGCACUCUCAACCGAGGAGGCUGCAACUGAUGUUACCGUAACCGAAGCAGAGCCUACACCCGAAUCACAGCCUGGUACGGUUGAGGCCACUGUUGCAGAUGCUGAAGAUGAAUGGUCAACUACUCCUACUUCUAAAAGGGAUAAAAAGAGCAAGAAGAAGAAGUCUAUUGCGCUUGAUGACGCUCUUGCUAAACCGCACUCCGUGGCAGAGGCUGUGGAAGAAACUCCCAUCGUCACAGAAAACGAAGAAGUUCUGACCGCCGAGCCGGAGUCCAUGCGGGAGGCCCUGCAAGAUAUCGCCGUUCCUACAGAAACUCGAGAAAGCCAUCUUCCUGCCGAUGAGUUAGCCACGGAAAUAGUUCAAAUCAACACCGAAGCCAGCUCGGAGCCGCAGUUCGACAAGGCCGACGCGGUCAUUGUAGAUGCUGAUGAAGGAUCGACUGCUUCUAAGAAAAAGAAGAAGAACAAGAAGAGGAGGUCUGUGGGGCCUGACGUGCCCGAUGUGCCUACUGAGCUGCAGCCAGAGGCAGAGACUGUGCAAGAGACCUCGAUCGCUGCCGAUAAGAGCGCAUCUGUUGAAGAUACGCCUCUUGACAUAGAUGCUGAGCAGGCUCAGCUCGAGGUCGCAGCCGACGUUCCAAACAAACUGUCGGACGCCAAAGCCGUCAACGCAGAUGAUUUCUUGUCCACUCCCGCUGCGUCCAAGAGGAACCAGAAGAGGAAGAAGAAGAAGACUGCUGUCCUCCUUGACGAUACUACGCCUUCCGAGGAGCCGGCCACAACAACCGAUGAGCAGAGUCAAGAAGUUGUGGAUGCACAAAUUGACCCUGUCUUGGACAAAGCUCCUGCGGUCGAAGAAACUCACGACCAACCUGCGGUUUCUGAAGAGCAGAAAAAUCCUGAAUCUCUCGCCAACCCCGAAGAAGAGAAGUUUGCAGCUGUCGGUGAGGACAAGAUAAAACCGAAGAAAAAGAAGCGUAAAUCGGUGCAGUUUGAACCCGAACCCGAAAUUGUUACUCUGCCGCUUGAGGAGGAGGAGGAGGUGCUGCCCCCCGAAAUUGACCUUUCUGAGACUGGUGGCACUCAAGGAACCGCUGCGACCCCGAUUCUCGAGACCCAGGACACAGUCCUCUCCGCGCAAGAUCCCGUCUUUGAGGAAGUCCAGUAUGAUGCCAGUGCGGACACCACGCAGACGGACAGCCAACCCCCCACAGAUGACUGGAGCGACUCUCCGGCCUCCAAGAAGAAGGGCAAGAAAGGCAAGAAGAAUCGUCAAGUCUGGAGCCCAACCGAAGAGCUUGCUCCGGAUAGUCAAGACACCAGCUCUGCCGACAGAGCGCUCGACGAUCCAACCCUUGCCUCUACUUCUGCCGAAUUUGAUAACAAGUCGGGUGUUGAUGAUAUGGCUCUUGCUGCGCUUACGACCGAUUCCAACACACUGGAUGUUAUUGAUGAUGUCGCUACUGCUACCGACACUACCGACGUUGACAAGCCCAAGACGGACGUGGAGUCAGAGGACGAAUGGAGCAGACUCAUCUCAGGGAACAGGACCGAGAAGCUUCAGGAUGAGACCGUUCUCGUUUCUCACUUGACAGAGGAGCCUGAAGCGGUUGCCGAUAUUUCUGAUAAGCAACCCGAGGCCUUGGAACUGGAAGCCAAGAAAGACUUGCCCGCUCUCUCAGAGCCGGUGGAGGAAUGGCCGUUAGCGACUGCCACGAAAGGAAAGAAGGGUAAAAAGAACAAGAAGUCACGUUCUUUGAUCUCUGGUGAUGCAGCUGAGCCCCAGAUAGACGCUGAUCCCCAAUUAGACACUGCCGCCGUUACCGAGACACCUGCUGAGACUAUUCUUGAGUUGGAGAGUGUGGCCCAAGCGAUUGACGCCGCCGAGGUAGGCGCACCGCGUGAUACGACUGAUGCAAUGCCUGUUGUACCGGCUGCCGAGGGACCAGUCAUUGGGACUUCUCGCAACCCCGCUACUGACGAUGCCGAUUCUAUCUUCCCUAACAAGAAGGACAAGAAGGACAAGAAAAAGAAAAAGAAGCAGGCAGCUCUGCACGAGCCUAUUGGCGAUGUUCCCAAGGAAGCUACUGAAGCCGAAACCGCGACAUCUGUUGACGAGGAGCAGCCCGUUAGGCUACUGGAUGACGUUGCCGAACCUUCCAACGACAUCAUCGCAGACCAGACCAACUCGAUUGGCCCUACACUCGAAUCGCCUCCCGAAACAGAGCCGACCCCAGUGCAACAGGACGAGGUUGAACCAAAUGAGGAAGGGGGCGGAUCCAUGACGAAAACUUCCAAAAAAGACAAGAAAAAAAAGAAGAAGCAGGCUUCUGUGGAAGAGCCCCAUUUUGAGUCAACUGAAGAUGUUCCGCCAACCGAGGCUGUCCCGCUGACCACACCUAUCGCGAGCGAGCCUGAGAUUCUAGUUGAAGCUGCCUUGCAACCUGACGCUGAACCUGAAUCUCCCGAAACGGAACAGCCAAGCCCGGAUGAGUUCCCUGCUAAAUCUUCGAAAAAGGAAAAAAAGAAGAAGAAAAAGACGAAGCAGACAGUUUCGGAAGUAGCUGAAGCGGCAGCGACCGGACCAAUAAUUCCUGUUCUUGAGCCGAGACCUGAAGUCGAAGAUCUUGAUACUGCCAUGUCGGUGGACCGCCAGAGCGACGAUGUAGAGCAACCUCAAGCUGACAUCCGGCCUGUCGAAGAGUCUCUAUCGGAAGUAGUGGCGAUCGGAACUGCGAACCAAGACCGUGCUGCACAACUUGAGCCCGAGGUUGUCUCUACGGAACCCCAGCCUGAGAGCACCACCCAGCCCGCGUUCGCUGCCGAGCCCGAAGACGAGCGGGGUAACUUCUCGACAAAGCCUUCUAAGAAAGAUAAGAAGAAAAAGAAGAAUUCCGCGAGCGAGGCUGUUUCACAAACACCCGAGGCGAUGUCCGUCAAAGCAACCGUCAUCGAGGAGAUGGCCGAGCAAACUACCGAGGCUACGAUUUCGACGAAUUUAUCGGACUUAUCAGAGACUUCUGCCGAGACGGCGACGCUAGAGUCGACGGUGGAAGACGACCCGGUUGGCUUCUCGACAAAGACAUCCAAGAAGGAUAGGAAAAAUAAAAAGAAGCCAAUGAGCGAUGUCGUUCCGCCGCUGGACGAGACAUCCGCCGAGCCUGCAGUUGUGCAAUCCGUCGAGACUACUGCUCCUCAUGACGCGGUCGAAGAGAAAGAUUUUGCGGAGCCUUCUACCAAACCAAUAACCCAAGACGCUGUGUUUCAAGAGGAUGAGUGGGCGAACGCGCACAAAGAAGACAAGCCAGUGAGCGAAGCCGUUAAACUGUCCGAAGAAACCUCUCAACCGCUUGUAGAUGAGAGCUCCGCCGGAAAUGUCACGGGAGCUAGGACGUUGGAAGCCGAAAUGCUUCCUUCCGAGCCUGUCAUGGAGGCUGCUAUUAAGGCUGCUCCCGAGGUGGUUUCUCCUGACAGCCCUGCAAAAGAGGCCGAGCCUGAAAGUGAAUGGGGCGAUUCAGCUUUGGUAUCUUACAAAAAAGAUAAGAAGAAGAACAAAAAACGGAUAUCCAAAACUGAAGGCGUCUCAACGGUCGAGGAGCCCACCACGCAGCCCGAUGGGGAGCCGUGCGCCAAAUCUGCAACUGAGUCCAAGGAAAUGGCUGAUUCCGUGAGGGUGGAUGAACAUCCUGAACCCACCGUCCACCCUGCUGCUGAACUUGCUGCUGCGCCUGUUUUCGAGACGCCGCCUGAGGAAGCUGCGGCCGGAGACGAAUGGGGCAGCGCCAGCGUCACUUCUUCUCCUAAAGACGAGACAAAGAAGCCGAAGGAGUCUGCGAGCGAAGCAUUAGAGCCCACUGCCCAAGAUUCCGCACAGGUGCUGGAUGAACCCUCCGUGGAACCGGCCACCGAGAUCAUUCCAGAGGCCGGUGUCAAGGCAAUGGCUUCCCAGGUUCCCGAAGAACCAGCCGUCAAUAAAGCCGAGUUAGAAGACGAGUGGAUGGCGGGUCUUUCUAACAAGGAGAAGAAACAGUUGAAAAAGGCCGGCCUGGCUGCUGCGGCUCUUGGUGUUGUUGCAGGUGCCGGGGCGGGCAUAUUGAUGGACGAAACUCCUGAGCCUUUUCCGAAUCCAGAGUCAGUUCAGGACGUCAAGGAGGAUGUAGAGCAGGGCGAGCGUCAAGUUUUACCGGCUCCUGAAACUACGGAACUCGAAGCAGAAGGGUUUGUCACGAAAGCAGUCUCCAGAAAGGACAAGAAGAAGGCCAAGAGAUUUAGUCGUUUAACAUCCGACGUGGCUGAGCCUGCAUCGGUGGCAGAAGAGACUAGAGCUGCGGAAUCGACUGCUAAAGAAGCAGCUCCCGAAGGUUCCACGUUCGAGCCACCCGAGUCUUCAUGGGCAGAGGAGAACGAUGACGGGUGGCCACUAGCGACCAGAGGAGACGCAGCUUCGGAAGAGCCCAAAGCUGCUGACGAAACUAGCUUCGAGGCCCCGGUUUCGGGAAAGAAGUCGAAGAAGGACAAGAAGCGAAAGUCCGGACUUGAUUUCGCCAGUCCUCCCCCAGAGCCAGCCGUCGAAGCCGAUGUUGCUAUUUCGACUGUGCCUGCUGAGGAGCCAACGGCAGCCGUGGCUCCUCUCGACAGUCUUGCAACCCCAGAGACUCGAUCCCCGGCGUUGGAGGUGGAUGAAUGGGCCUUGUCUGCAAAGAAAGGCAAGAAGGGCAAGAAGGGCAAGCGACAAAGCACUCUGGAUGCGCAACCAGAGUCCAGUCCCACAGAGGAGACCGCUGAACCUAACGCCGCCCAAGGCGUUCCCGCCACUGAGCAGACUCGGGAGCUUGUAGCCUCAGACGCUGCUCCCGAACUUGCGCCUGUUGAGGCUAACGCCGAUGACUUGUGGGCCACGCAGUCGAAGGAGACCAAAGUCAAAACCACCUUCUUAGCCGAGCAUGAGGCCGCUGCGGAGAAGCCUUUGGCCGACUCUGUCAUUGAUCCUCCCACAGAACCUGCCCUCGAUCCUAUCCCCUCUCCUGCUGAGGACGCUGUUGCCGGCCCCACUGCUAACCCAGAGCCAGCACCGCCUGCCGAAGCGGUCAGUGGUGAAUGGCCAAUGCCUACGAAGAAAAAGGGCAAGAAGGGCAAGAAGGGCAAACCCAUCUCACUGGCUGACUUGGAGGGAACUGGGAGCAAGGGCGUUCUUGGGUCUGACGCAGACAUUAGUUCGGCCUUGACACAACCCGAACCCGCAGCGGAGGACGAGCGCUUCCCAACCGACAUCAAGGGCCAGGAAAAGGAAGCCAAGGAUAUGUCUUUCCAAGACCAGGACGAUCCGGUCAACGAGCAAUCAUCCCCGGAGGCACCAAUUGAGGCGCAGGAUGUCCCUUGCCUCGAGGCUAUUACCGAAGCUCCCGCCAAAUUCGUAGAAGAACCAACUGUCAUGUCUGAGACCAAAUUACGAGGUGAUGAUAGCCGAUCCGCACCGACCAAGAAAAAAUCCAAGAAAGACAAGAAACGCCAGUCUACUACUGGAGAGAUUACCCCGGUCACUCAAGCUACUAUGAAAUUGGACGAGGACAUUUCGAACAACGACGAUUCUUCAACGGCAAGGAAGGCUAAACGAGAUGAUGCGACUACAACAGGUGACGAGAGGCAAGAAAGGCGAUCUGAUGAAGCGGUUAGUGUUGGUGAAGUCAAAAGAGACGAUUUACCCGAUGUUGAAAUGACAAGGUCUGUUGACGAUAAGUUCAGAAGCUCUGAUAGCAAGAUGACGACGACAGAACGCUCCAAAGCAAGGGACGGUGGCAAGGCAAAAGGAAUUCGCGACUCACUCGAGGCGGUGGGAGCCGCGGCAGCGCUUACGGGUGGUGUAGCGGCUCUGACGCAGAUGUAUGGAGGAGGGAAGAAGCAGAAGGGCAAGAAGUCCAAGAUUGUGGACAAGAGACAGCCGCAGGAGAAUGACAUGUUUGAUGAUCCGGCCUUGUGGGAGGGAUCAGAGAAGAGGAAUAUUGCAGAGGAACCGAGAGACGAGGCAGCAGACGAUGGAGUUGACGAGUUUUGGGGCCCGAGCCGACCGGACCCUGGCCCCAGCGUGGCACCACAUACCCCCGCUAGCACCAGUUUCACUGAGUCUGGCGAUGAAUGGAAAGAAAAUGUCAGACAAGGAGUGCCGGUGGGCGAUGAGUAUAUCGAGAGCCCCGUCUUGGGACGUGACGAGUCCUCGGUGCUACAAUCUACGCCUGGUGGCCUACUUCGACGUGAUUCAAAACUGGAGGAGCCAGUAGGAGGGCUAUUUGAAGAAACGCCUCGAGAGGUUUCGUCUCGCCAAUUAUACUCGGAACCGAGCGAGCUACGAUCUUCGCCUACGAGAGGACUGCCUGCAGUCCAAGAGCUUCCUGAAGCUGAGAGGGCGGCCGCUACCGGUGAACUUUGGCCGGCGGAGCGACCCAACCGCGACAGUGGGUUUAUCCCAGAAUCGCCUCAGCGACGCAGAAGCCCCAAGAUUGUGGACGACAAGCUUCGAGACAGCGGUGUGGACAGCGGUGAUUGGCGCGACUCGACGCACAUGCAGACGCCAGAGGCGCAUAGCCGGGAUCUGGACAGACGGCUAGGCCCUUCGCCUUUCAAUACACCGGUUCUACAUGAACCGGCUCGAGACGACGUAACGACGCCAAUUGCCGACCCUGAGAAGAAGUUGCGCCGAUCCAAAAAAGACUACGGUGGGCUCGCGGCAGUGGCAACCGGAGCGACUGCGCUGGCCACUGGAGCUGCUCAUCACGACAAGGGAUACGACAAUGACAGACGAGCGGUGUCAGAGUCACACGCAGUAGCCUCCGGAUCAGCCUCUGUCGAAGCGACUGUGCCGCGGAGAUCUGUGUCCAACACUAGUUUGUCCCGCCAACGCACUCCAGAGCCGCUAAAGUUGAGGCCUGAUAGCCCAGGCAGCAUAUCAGGCUACCGCUCCACAGCCACACAUACACCGCCACCUCUGCGGCGGGUCGACAAGCGCAUGAGCGGAGACCUUCGAGCUCUUCGUCAACAAAACAACUCCACGCCGCCCGUUGCUAACGAGGCCCGUGUCCGUACAAAGGACAUGGCUGAUGUAUACGAUGGAUUCGGAGAGGGUCGCCUUGGGUCGCCUCGAUCGCCGACUAGACCACAUAGCAUGCGCCGCCGCCAAAGCAUGCAAGUUCUCGAGCUGGAGUCGCGAGUCGAACAGCUCGUCGCCGAGAAUCGCCUGCUGACAGAAGCCCGUAACCACGCCGAACAGGUUGUCAACCGAAGCGCCACGUCCGUCCUCUCCGAACGCGAUGCCGAGAUUGAUGCGUUGAAACAGUCCCUACAAUAUCUGCACAACGAGGUCAAUCGUCUGACUGAGGUCAAUGAGGGCCUGACCAGCGCCAACGCCGAGCUUGCAAGCAAAGACAACAGUCGCUAUACUGGUCUUGCGGCCUAUGGCGAUGGCACCCGCAGCCUGGACGGCCCCGAGGGUGGUCACUUGCAAAGUCUAGAUGAGAAGGAUGCCGAGAUUGCCAGUCUGCGCGAGCAGCUCGAAGCCGCCAAGGAACAAGUUCGCGAGAUGCAGCGCCAGAUCCUCGCUUCAAAGGCUGGUGAUUCUGAUUUUCUCAAUAUCCAGGACGAGGACUACUUUGACAAUCGCUGUCAGCAGCUCUGCUCCCACGUCCAGCAAUGGGUCCUACGAUUCUCCAAGUUCUCAGACAUGCGUGCUUGUCGUUUGACGAGUGAGAUUAAUGACGAAAAGACCAUUGACCGCCUCGACAAUUCUGUCCUAGAUGGCUCCGAUGUCGACCAUUAUCUCAAUGACCGAGUCAAGCGACGAGACAUCUUCAUGUCCAUGACCAUGAGUAUGAUUUGGGAGUUUAUCUUUACUCGCUACCUCUUCGGCAUGGAUCGCGAGCAGCGUCAGAAACUCAAGUCUCUGGAGAAGCUUCUGACAGAAGUUGGCCCGCAGAAUGCCGUCCGCCAGUGGCGCGCGGUCACGCUCACACUCCUUGCCAAGCGUGCCAGCUUCCAGGAACAACGCGAACUCGACACCGAAGCUGUGGUGCAGGCCAUCUUCCAGACCCUCUGCAAGAUCUUGCCUCCGCCGAGCAAUAUGGAGAACCAAAUCCAAUCACAGCUACGCCGUGUCAUGCGCGAGGCCGUCGACCUCUCCGUCGCUAUGCGCACACAGCGAGCCGAGUAUAUGAUGCUCCCGCCCCUGCAGCCUGAAUAUGACGCAGACGGUGAGCUGGCAGCAACGGUGCAAUUCAAUGCGUCUAUGAUGAACGAGCGGAGCCCGCAGACUAAGCAGACCAACGAGGAGAUCGAGGCCGACAAUUCCAUUGUCCGCGUCGUCCUCUUUCCUCUGGUCGUCAAGAAGGGCGAUGAUGCUGGUGUCGGCGAUGAGGAAAUUGUAGUCUGCCCCGCGCAAGUUCUUGUUGCGCGCGACUAUGGAAGACGCCAUGUGACGCCUUCGAGCGAGGCCGGCGGAGCCUCGCUUCUUGGUGCCCCGAGCCGCCUCAGCGUGACGACGGAUGCCAUGCUCAGCCAGCCAGAUGUUUGA